AUGCCCUCGUACCAGAUCAGGCCACCGAUUUAUCCAUCAGUCUUAAGCCAGGAUCCUAGACAGGUGAUACAAAACUAGAGGGAAACUCAGCCGAGUUUACUUUCGCAAAGAGUUCUGGGAUUGUUACUAAGGACAGAGAAAAAGAUUGGCCAAUAGCAAUACCCCAGUAACAAUCCAAGAAACAAUCGCGGGUCAAAUUUCUUCUCCGAAAAAAUUCCUUUCUCGUUUCUAAAAAGGCGAAUAACAACUGAAAACUGCUCUCUUUUACUGAGUCAAAGGAGGGAGACUUUCGUGUGCAUUUUAUCCGCAUUUCCGAAGACAAUGCCCAACAUGUUCCGGUAAUUUCUGGAGGUUGUCGAUAGAGGCUGUGUCCAGUCCCUCAAACCGAUCGCGAAAUUUGACAUUUCGUACCACUGGACUAUUUUGGGCAGAGGUUGAAUAAAAGUUUUUCAGUUUAAUAGUUAAUGACAAGUCCUUCGGAAUGUGGAAUUGAUGUUUUCCAUCCUUCAUGAUUGUGCAAUGAACUAGUAACGCUUGGGGCCGGCGGGUACGUCGAGGGUCAUUCUGUCCUGUUCAAUUAAUUAGCCCUAAGAUUAUACCCCCGGUGGAAGGAGGGAGGGAGUGGCUACGCAACAAUGUUUUAUACGGGAAGGUUCCACCCCUAGGCCUAAAUCCUUAAACAUUUAUCGUUGAAGGAGCUCGUCGUGUUUGUUUAGGUUUGGAGUUUCCCCGUAUAAAUUUCAAUGUCAUUGAGAUCUUUGCACCAUCCAUUUAAUAACCAUAAAUCUUACAGAAAGUCGAAUUUCCUUGAGUACCAGGUUUCCCUCGAGCCUUCUUGCUUUCGCGGUCGACUUGUGGCAAGUCUAGGACUUCGAUAACAUAAUGCGUCUUGUUUAUUACUAUUGUUUUAGGUUGAAAAGUAUGCCAAUGAUAGCCUAAACUGGCAUGAGGGAAUUAAAGUGAGAUGGGUCGGAGCUAUAUUAGACGCAAUGAAUGAAAUCCAGAGGAACUUGUCAAGACUUACAACACCUUAUCUACUUGUCCAUGGUGAUGGAGAUCAAUUAGUGAAGAUUGACGGUUCAUGUUACCUACAUGAGAAUUCCCCAAGUAACGACAAGACAUUUAAGGUACACGAAUGAGCUGCUUUACUGACAGCACUGAGCGAACUAAUAGCCUCUCUAUGGGUAUUUCCAACGAAUAGUUAGGGCGCUUGACGGUAUAUAUAUCAUGAUGACAGGAAGAGGCGGUCUUAAAACGGCGUUUCUUCAUGUGGUGAUAUUAUCCUGCCCGGGGUAGGAGUUUCGGCCUCUUUGUUCCAAGCGUAAUUAUUGUGAAUUAUCCCAACAAAAGUCGUGAUUUGUCUAAACCCUUUUAACCCCAAGAGUGACCAAUAUCUAUUUUCUCCUAACAAUGUCACCACAUUUUCAAGCGAAAAGGUUAUGAGAAUUUAUAAAAUAAUCACCAAAGAGGAAAUUCUCGUCUCCAAACGGGUGUCUAAAGAAUAAUAUAGAGUUUUCCAUCUUGGGUCAAUUUUCCGUCCCGUUGUCAUUUUUAAAUCUACCUAUUAUUACUUCAUUAUAAACUUAACUGCGUGUAAAACUUGCUUUGCAGGUGUACAAAAAUGGACGCCAUGAACUGUUGAAUGAGGUGGAAGAAACUGGGAGAGUGAUUUACAAGGACAUUCUUGACUGGAUUCAGCAAAAGCUACCUUGA